CAAUGGUAUGAAUGUUGUGUAAAGACUCGUUGCUGUUUUCAACGGUUUUUUUCAGUGCUCCUUUCUUGAUGACAUGCAAAUGUUUAUUUUUUUGUUGAUAAUUAUAUUUUCUUCAUUUGCACACAAAAAAUAGGCUCAGCAAAAUUGGAAAGUAGUCCUUAAUUUUUUUCUGUGCAUAAUCUUUGAUUUUAAAAAUGGGAACGAAUCAAGUGAACUGGGAUAGAAUUUUGGAUCGAAUGCUAUCUUCGGUUCCAGCUACUGAACAACCAAGGCUUUCUUUUCUUAAUGAUAAUUCAUUUUCCUUAUCGAGUGUGAAUUUUUCUGACUCGAGUCUGAAUUUUUCAUGUGAAAAAAAUUGUUCAACUCCACUAUCAUCUAACUGCAUUAUCACUAAUGAAUCGCCACCAAUAAAAUCAAGUAACGGUGAAAUUUCUGAUUCGUCGAUCCAAAGAACACCAUUGGCCAAUCGUUCCAUCAAUAAAUUGCAACAAUCAACGAUCGAUAAAAAUACAUCGAAAAAUUCUAAACAUCAAUUAUCCAAUUUGACCAUUUCUGCUGCCGUUAAUGAUUCUUUUAAGACUCGACAGACAAAUGAAAAAUCAUUCACUUUGAUUAAAAGUGUUGAAAAAAAUCCUCAAAAUGAUGGUCUUAGUUUCCACAACUCAACUAAAAGAAAUAUUACUCUUACAGAAAAUAUUGAUUUAUCCAUUGAUGGCUUUGGUGACGGAUUUUCGAAAAAACCACGUCCAAGUAACAUACAAUUCAAUCGAACUGUGACAAAAGUGAAUAACGAAUCGGCAUUCUCUAAACUAAUUCUUGAUAACGAUUCGCCAUACAGUUCACCAUUGACACCUAAUGUUGUUCGUAACCUCACUAGACAACAAAUAUCGGUUUAUUGCAUGACCCAUAUGAAUACUUUCUAUCAAUCGAAUCUAACAAAAUCUGUCGAAAAAUGCCGUCGUAAUGAUUCUCAAGUAGUAAAUUUAUCCAAUCGUGCGGGUAGUAUUCAAUUAUUUGAUGGGGACUGUCAAAAAAUUUAUGAAGAUACGCAUGAUGAAGUUAUUACAACUGAUGAAAAUCGAUCACCCAUAAGAUUGACUACGGAAAUCGUCUCCGUUCAUGAAGAAAGUGAAAAUUCUGAGAAUGAACAGGGUGAAAACUAUAAGGUCAAACUAAUUGGAAGCAAUUCUUUUGUGGAUGAUAAGGAAAAAUUACCUGAAAAUGAAAUUCAAUCAGAAAUCGAAAGCAACCAAUACGAAAUAGAAAAAUCUAUUGAUGAAUUUGAAUUGAAAAAUAAUGCAACGGCUGAACUUCAAUCCGUGUAUGAUGAAAAAAUUGAUCCUGAUGAGCCAGAUGUUUUGGAUCAUGACAACGAAAAAAAAUCUUCGUUAAUGUCAGAACACGAAUCGUAUGAGGAAGAGCAAUUGAGCGCAAUGGAUCCUGAUGAGCCAGAAGUUUUUGAUCAUGACAACGAAAAAGAAUCUUCGUUAAUGUCAGAACACGAAUCAUAUGGGGAAUCGAAUGAUAGCUUUAAUUUUCAACCAGAAUUGUCACCAUCAAAAAAUCAAUCAAGUUUCACCAAUACUAAAAAUGUUAAAAACUGCUUUCUUAAUCAAACAUUU